GAACUUUUUUUAGAGGCAAAUCCAGAUUUUUAAUACUAUUUAAGACUGAAAGUCACAAAACCAAACACAGGCUGAAAGAGCCUACUUAUCAUGAUGGUCAGGGCCACAAUCAAUAGACAGGUCAGUCAAUGUAACAUGUGGGGUGUGUCUUGAUGGGAGGGAGCAGAGGCAGGGCUCAAAUCAGAUGGCAAACUUAUAGGGUCCUCCCUGAGGGAGUUUUCUAGGGGCAGUGCUGAAGAGAGUUUCACUUAUUUUUGAGUCUGAUAGAUACUCAGAGUUGAUCUGUGCCUCCCUCUGAGGAAAAGGCCUGCGCCCAGAAUAGUGAAGACUUGCUUGGAUAAGUCUUAAAUUCCUGCCUUUGCUUGCAGCUGCCUAGCAAGUCCAUGGGAUUUCACUGAGCCAAUUUAAUACUGAUGGUCAGACAGUUUGAACCCAUUAGCUCCCAGGUAUCCGAGUAAAUUUGCUCCUUCAAGUUCAGCUCUCCAGCAGAUUUCUGCAAUUGAAACCAAGGAAAGCAGCAAAAAUAACUGCAAAUUUUAAUAACAGUGGCAUCCCUGUGUUGUAAGAGUUAAAGGCUAGAGCAAAUAUGCCUCUGGUUAGAUCCCUAUCCAUGACGUCUCUUAAUGGGCUUCCCCUGUGGGAGGAUGAAGACCUGCCAGUGGAAGAUUUAUUGUUUUUUGAAGUCUCCUGGGAAGUUACCAACAAAGUUGGUGGCAUCUAUACUGUGAUCCAGACCAAAGCCAGAAUUACAGCAGAUGAAUGGGGUGAAAACUACUUUCUGAUGGGUCCCUAUUUUGAACAUAAUGUGAAGACUCAAGUAGAAAUAUGUGAGCCUCUCAACCCGGCUAUUAAAAAGGCAGUGGAAACAAUGAAAGGCCAAGGGUGUCAGGUCUUUUUUGGAAGAUGGCUGAUAGAAGGCAGCCCAUAUGUUGUACUGUUUGAUAUAGCAUCCGCAGCUUGGAAUCUGGACAGAUGGAAAGGAGAAUUCUGGGAUGCAAGCAACAUAGGAAUCCCUUUCCAGGACAGAGAGGCCAAUGAUGCUGUGAUCUUUGGAUCAUUAACAGCCUGGUUCUUAAAAGAGAUCUCCAGUCAAAUUGAUGACAAGCCUAACAUAAUUGCUCACUUUCAUGAAUGGCAAGCAGGGGUUGGUAUAAUCCUCACUCGAUUUAGGAAACUUCCUGUUGCCACAAUCUUUACUACCCAUGCCACACUGCUCGGGAGAUACCUGUGUGCAGCAAACAUAGAUUUCUACAACAAUCUUGACCAGUUUGAUAUAGACAAAGAAGCAGGAGAGAGACAGAUUUAUCAUCGGUACUGCAUGGAACGAGCCUCAGUACAUUGUGCCCAUGUGUUCACCACAGUCUCUCAGAUCACAGCCACAGAAGCAGAACAUGUGCUGAAGAGAAGUGCUGGUUUUGCCAACACUGAAAAUGUCUACCUUUAUCUUGCUUUUCCAGAUGUUGUCACCCCAAAUGGUUUGAACAUUAAGAAAUUUUCAGCAACACAUGAGUUUCAGAACUUACACAUCAUGUACAAAGCUAGGAUCCAAGAGUUUAUUCGUGGUCAUUUCUAUGGUCAUCUUGACUUCAGCCUUGAAAAGACUUUAUUUUUCUUUAUUGCUGGGAGAUAUGAGUUUUCCAACAAAGGAGCUGAUAUUUUUCUAGAGGCCUUAUCCAGAUUAAACUUCUUGCUGAGGGUGCACAAAAGUGACACCACAGUUGUAGUGUUCUUCAUAAUGCCUGCAAAAACAAAUAAUUUCAAUGUGGAAACGUUAAAGGGGCAAGCAGUCCGCAAGCAGCUAUGGGACACUGCACAAUCUGUGAAAGAAAAAUUUGGAAAGAAACUUUAUGAUGCACUCUUAAGAGGAGAAAUUCCAGACUUGAACAAGAUCCUUGAUCGGGAUGACAUAACCAUAAUGAAAAGAGCCAUCUUUGCAACUCAGAGACAGACACUACCUCCAGUGACCACCCACAACAUGCUUGAUGAUAGCAAUGAUCCCAUUCUCAAUACCAUUCGGCGCAUUGGACUCUUCAACAACCGCACUGACAGAGUCAAGGUAAUAUUACACCCAGAGUUCCUUUCUUCAGCAAGUCCAUUAUUACCUAUGGACUAUGAAGAGUUUGUCAGAGGCUGCCAUCUGGGAGUGUUUCCAUCUUACUAUGAACCCUGGGGUUAUACACCAGCGGAAUGUACUGUGAUGGGCAUUCCUAGUGUGACCACAAACCUUUCGGGAUUUGGCUGUUUCAUGCAGGAGCAUGUAGCUGACCCAGCUGCUUAUGGGAUUUAUAUAGUUGACAGGAGGUUUCGCUCUCCUGAUGAGUCAUGCAACCAGCUGACUCAGUUCCUGUAUGGAUUUUGCCAGCAGUCACGACGCCAGAGAAUUAUCCAGAGAAAUCGAACUGAAAGACUCUCAGACCUGCUGGACUGGAGAUACUUAGGCAGGUACUACAUGCAUGCAAGACACCUGGCUCUCAGCAGAGCUUUCCCUGAAAAAUUUGAGAUGGAACCAAGUGCUCCUCCCAAGACGGAAGGUUUCAGGUACCCCAGGCCCUCGUCAGUCCCACCAUCCCCUUCUGUCUCCCAGCCUUCCAGCCCUCAUCAAAGUGAUGAGGAAGAUGAAGAUGAGGAUGAAAGAUAUGAUGAGGAUGAAGAGGCUGAAAGGGACAAACAAAAUAUAAAGGCACCCUUUUCCCUUGGAAUAAUGCCACCAGGAAAGAAGCAGCAGCAUGGAGAAUAUAGGAACUGAAUGCCAUUGUUGUUAUGCCUGAUGAUGUUUCAGCUCCUGAACAGUGCAUUCAUGUAGGUUGGUCAGGCUACAGAUUGAGGACAGUGCUAUGAGGUUAGGAAAUUUGAAACAAACAUUACCUUACAAGUAGUUUAAAUUGUAAUUCUCCUCCCUUCCUUGGAGGUAGAAGAGAUUGUUAAAAUGUAUUAAACCUGGAUAAUAUUAUGAUUCUCCUGUGAUCUCUCCAAUUAAGUUAAAUGUACUAUAGAUCAUAUUUGCAUCUGAAAUUCAUUAUAACCCAUGAGAAGCAGAUCCAUCAUAAUUAUUCCAAUCAAAUAUCCAUUAAUGUCUCUACUCAGCCCUUCCAAACUAACUAUCACCUUUAAGUCAUGAUUUACCAUAUUUUGAAGAAAUUGUUACAUGUGGGAAAACCUGACAGGGUUCAAAAAGUGUUGAAAGAAAAUAGUCAAUUUUUUUCUUAUGUUCUUUAUUCUAUUUUAAAUCUACAUCACUGUAAGCAUUUUUUACACAAUGCAAAAGUGUCUUGAUCCAGAUGUAAACCAUAUUUCUUGUGGAAAACUAUCUAGUUCAAUGAGUGGGCAUUUUUAUUAUUUUCUGAAGUUGUCUAGGCCCACAAUAAAUGGCAGGCCACUCA